AUGGAUUUUCAUGGAGAUAGUGUAUCCCUAAAGCAUGAAAUAGACCACAAUCCUAAACCUGAAGACGCUAAAAGAAUCAAAGUCUAUGUGAGUAUAUUAAUGUCUGAAUAUCCUAUAAGAGAUUGCCGACCAGUGCUGGCUUUCUCCUUGCCUGCCAAAGAGUUUCGAGAUAGCUUUACGAGUUAUAGAUGGGAACAACUGAACUGCUUAGAGGACGAUGAACGUCUCAAUGUCUCUCUUGUUGAUUUUGCGAGGGUGGAACUCAGUAGACUUGUCACUUACGUCAUGUUUUUCUCCGUUAACUAUUCUCCAGAUUGUGCUCUGUCAAUUCAUAUUACCUUUAAGUCUGGUCGUAGCCGUCCUCCUCUUAUGGCUGGAAAAUAUAUAUCAUUGGAAGAGACGACGAUGAAGACAAUGAAUGAAGAGUAUAUACAUCUCCUUGUUGAUGAGAGCGUAAUGUUCAAAUUGUUUUCCCGCAUUUAA